CCGGGCGAGGGAUUACGGUCGACGAAUCGAGAAACGCGAGCCUUAAAGAUGGAUCUACUUAAUCUGCUGCUGUUCUGCCUGAUGUCGUGCGUGAUUGGGGCCGUGCUAAUGCUGCUGAUACAAUACUACGCGUUCGUGAGAUACUUCCGUCUGCCGGAACUGGACCAGGAGCAGGAGAACCAGAGGAAAUCCGCGUUCAGCGAGCGGUACAUCCUGCCCGAUACACUGAUGGAGAACAUUAAGGCACCGGAUCAGGAGAGCAAAUCAACGAUUAUGGCCAUCAAUCUUAUCCUGCAGUUCCUGUACUUUGAGCUGCGGCAAUCGAACCGUGUGCGGAAGUGGUUCCACCGCAAGCUAUCGCUCGAGCUGGACGAACUGAUCAGCAAAACCACAACGGGCAAGCUUUUCGACAAGCUGAAGAUUCGUGAUCUCGAUUUGGGCAGCCAAUUUCCGGAGAUAAAGAACUUUCGCCUUCACGCCGUGGAUUUGCAUCCGGACGAGGGUCACAUCGAGAGCCUAGAUGUGCUACUCGAUCUACACUACGAGGGUAACUUUCGGCUGACGAUCGAUGCCGACAUGGUGCUUGGAAAGAAGGGAUCGUUGGCGUUGCGCGUCAAGCAAGUGUCCGGUAUGGCGCGGCUACAGUUUACCCGCAAACCGUACACUCACUGGUCGCUCAGCUUCAUCAACGAUCCGAAGGUCGAGCUGGACGUGCAGUCACACUUCCAAGGCCGCCAGAUGCAGUCCAACAUCACCAGCCUAAUCUCGAAUCAGAUACGCAAGGCUAUCCGACGAAAGCAUACACUACCGAACUACAAGUUAAGAUACAAACCUUUCUUCCACCGUGUGGAAGAGGACUACGAGCUGAACGAGAUUGUUCCGAACGGUUCGCUCGAGGUGUCGAUUGCGGAAAUAUCGCGCCUCAAUGCUCCGGUUCGCACGCUGACACACGUGUACUGCACGCUUACGCUGGCCCACAUGCCGUGGGUUGUUGCGCGCCAGCAGCAGCAGGAGCAGGAUUUGGCCCAAAUGAUCGUAUCGCUCGAUAUUGAAAUAUAUAAAGCGAAAAACCAACAGAUCGGUAUCAUGUUCAAGCAAAACGACCAAACAGUCCUGAUCGAGGCGGUCAUCCCCAACACGCCGGCAUCGAAGGCCGAGCUGCGCCGUGGCGAUGUGCUGCUCUCGAUACAGGGCAAACGGGUGACGAACAUCAAUCACGUGGCGAAGAUCAUUAAAGCGUUGAACCGGCCUAUGUUUAUACUGCGCAUCGAACGCAUCGUCGCCGGCCAGAUCAAGAACGACGCACUGCUGGACGACAACGAUGGAGAUUUCGAGGAGAUCGAUAUGAAUCUGAACAUUAGCUUUUCGAAGCACAUCGAAGCGGUGCAAAUCGGUAGCGCGGGGUGUACGUUGCGCGAACGCAAGCUUGUACGGCGCAACUCCAAGGACAACAGUGGUGGCGAGUCAAGCCACUCGAACACGCCCGGUACGACGCCGGUGAAGAAACCUUCGAUCACGACGGUAGGGGCUGGCGUGGAUCAGCUUCUCCCGCGGGGAAGCUUCUCUGAUCAAACGCUGGCCGGCAGCGCCGGUGGUGGCGGUACUGGCAGCGGGUCGAAGAAGUCUCACGUGGACUUCUAUCCGCAGCAUUCCUCCAUCGACGCCGAGUUUAAUUCCUUCAUACGGCUGGACGAUCCGUGCACGUUUCAGCUGCUGGAACGUUACUCGUACCUCAAUCUGAGUGUGUACGGGAAGAGUAGUGACGAGAACCGGUUGCUCGGCUAUCUCAACAUUCCCAUCAACAGUAUUCUGCUGGAGUGCAACGAAUCGCACCUGGGACAUCACCUGAAGAAGUAUCCAUUACUUCCGCCGGAAGCGAUUGAUGUCUCCAAUCACGCCCUAUCGAUGCAGUCCGGAUUCGAUCAAAAUUACUGUUAUGGCGAUGUGCUCCUCUCAUUCGUUUGGAACGGCUCGGCGAUAAACUCUGCAACCGCUACACCGAGCAAAGCGCUCACCUCGGACGAGAAGAAGCAUAAGCUUAUCACGAUUAGCCGCGGGUCCGCCGAUAAGCUCGACGAAGAUCGGACGGACAGUGUGCCGGAUGGUAAGGUCGCGGCUGCCGUAGUGCAACAGAUUCCGCUGCAGUUGGCUGCGUCCCCGCAUCAGCAGCAGCAACACGACUUUAUUCGAACCCAUUUUCACCGUUCGACUCAGUGCGGGUACUGUGGUAAGAAAAUCUGGCUAAAGGACGCGGUGCAGUGUCGAGACUGUGCGAUGUGUUGCCACAAAAAGUGCAUCAACAAAUGUCAAAGCUCGACGGUUUGCACCGCCAAUGAGUUCAAUCCGCAAAUGACGACCGGAACGGAAUCAACCCGCCCAUCAUCUUCGUCGUCGUCGUCUUCGGUGUUGCCGACGGGCGCGACAGCAACGACGCCGUCGUCCUCCGGUUCACUGCAGCCCGAAUUUAAGCUCACCGAAGCCGACUCACCGACCAUCGAAAUCGAGGACUUUGUCGACGUGGCCGAGGAGCAGCAGCAGCAGAUGAUACCGAAGUCGAAGCUCGAAGCGCACCGCCAAAGCUUCAGCGAUCUGCUCGUGCAGGGCCUGAAGCGUGUCAAUUCGGCCAACAAUCUGUCGAUUCCGUCGAUGGCCGGCCUCAAUCCGAGCAGCAAAAGCUUGCCACCGACCCCGCAGCACACACCGCGCAAGCAAUCGCUCGCGACGGUGAACGCCAACCCGUUCGUGCUGGUUACGCAGCGCCUCGAAAGUCUACCGGAAGACGUGAACGAACUGAGCGCGGAACAGAUCGUCGAGCUAACGGCACCGCUGCUCGAGUACGGACCGUCCGAUGCGUUGAUGGCGCUGGCCAAGAGCAGCAGCAAAAGCAUGUACGCCGACUGCGAGCCGGAGGUGCGGACGGCCAAGAUCAACAAACUGCUUUCCAAACUGCACACAGCACUGGACUACGAAACCAUCAAUCAGGCAGCGUCGGUCAGCGCGCCAAAAGAAAGUAAUGGCGGGCCCGGCAAUGUGACCGUCGGUACCGCGGCAGGCAGUGCUAGCGGGAAAGAACUGGCUGAUGGUAGGGCAAAGGCAGCGCCACAGCAACAGCACGACGGCACGAGGGUGGCCUUUCUCGCGGGCCAAUCCGACGAACGCGUGCAGGCACUCAGCAUCAUCAUGCUGCACCUAUGCUCGGGUCUACAGUGUGUUCAGGGUAACGUAGGUCAAUGAGAACGGCGUAUGCUUCGGCAGUACUCGCUAGGCUCGCUACUAGAACCGGCCAGUCGGCAACCGUCCACGGCGUCGCACGAACAGGAGACGCACGCCCAGCUAGACACAGUUCACAGUGCCGGUGAUCGCUCCGGGCUGGCUGGCUUUGGUGGCGGCCGUAAGAGCCCAUUCCGCUCGCGCCGGCUUACAGUCUGCCGCAAGCGGGCGCUUGGUAUCUUCCAGCGUU